AUGGGAGGUGGGGGAAGGAAGGGCGCGAAUAAAAAAUGGCGGGAGCGCGGCCAAGAUGGCGACGGGGAGCUGAGUGAGGGCUCGGGCUCGGCCCCGCCGCUCCGGAGCCUCCCGGAGGCGCUGGGGGAAGGCCGGGGGUCGCCCUCCCCGCAGGAAGCCCCAAAAUCCCCGGAUUUCGCCCCAAAACCCGCCCGGGAGGAGGAGGACGAGGAGGAUGAGGAUGAGGAGGAGUGGGGGGUGCCCUGGAGCGAGGAGGAGGAGGAAGGAGCCGAGCCCAGCGGGGGUUGGACCCCCCGGCCCCAGGAGAUCCGCGAGCUCUUCGAGGGCAUCGCCCGCGCCGGGACCCUCCCGCUCCGGAACGUUCCGUUCCCGCGCCGCCAGCCCACCCCCGAGCCCCCCAGCCUGCCCGAGCCCCCCGGCGACAGCGCCGGCAGCCCCGGCCGCGACCGCGCCGAGGAAAACCUGCCCGAGCCCCCGGCGCACAGCGCCCGGCAGCCCGCAACACUGAGGAAAACUUUGGGGCCCCUCCCGCUCCGGAACGUUCCGUUCCCGCGCCGCCAGCCCACCCCCAAGCCCCCCAGCCUGCCCGAGCCCCCCGGCGACAGCGCCGGCAGCCCCGGCCGCGACCGCGCCGAGGAAAAGCCCCCUCCCCCCACGGAAUUCGAUUUCGACGACGAGCCCCUCCCCCCCAACCCCGCCCUCAUCGACCGGCGCCGCGCCCCAGGGCCCCCGAGCCGCGGGCAGAAGCGCGACGCGCGCCUCGACAAGGUCCUGUCCGACAUGAAGCGCCACAAGAAGCUCGAGGAGCAAAUCCUGCGCACCGGGCGCGACCUGUUCCCCGCCGAGGGCCCCCAGAGCCCCAAACGGCCCCCGGGGCUCUUCCUGCGACACAGGAAAUACUGAAAAUGCAACAAAAAAUUCAAAAAAUAAAAUUAUCA